AUGAUCAGUUCAUCACUGAGUCCCCAUGCGUGUCCAACUUGCAGUUCCAGAGAUCGUUCCGCGUUAAACGGUGUCAUUAGCUCUUGCCUUGAUUGCUUUCUCAACGGAGGAAAGCUCUACCGCUACGAAUACAAUGUGAAGCCUGCUGCCUGCGGUACUUGCACAUUAGCACCUUCAGAUCCUCUUGAGGAUGUUCUUUCCCGCGCAAAAUACCUAUUGCGAGAUGGGUUUGGUGUGUAUAAGCUGUUCAAGAACAACUGUGAGACUUUUUCUCUCUAUUGUAAAACGGGUUUGGUGGUCUCAGAAAAAACUGGUCAAGCCAAUUCGGUUAGUGCUACUUCGGGUACUGCAUUAGCGUUUGCUUCUGCUGGCUUGCAAAUGGUCGGCUAUGGUAUCUACUGCUAUGGUCGACUUGAGUCUGACAUAGGUAAACAAGGACGGAAAGAUGUUAAGAAGGUUCCUGUGGAGGAGCUCGUUACGGAUCUCACAGUGGUUGAUGCUCUCUUGUAA